UCCGCAUAACUCACAUCAGUUUUUAGGUCAAUACUGAGGUAAAACAGUGUAAUAUCAUGGAAUGGUUGUUUGUAAGUGUGUAAACUGUGAACACUUUCAAAACUAAACACUGCAAGGAUUGCAAGUAUUGCAAGGAUUUCGUCCAUGCACUUACGUUAAACACUUGAAACGCCACUUGUUGGAAUUGUUUCAUGUAUACUGUAAUUACAAAAUAAAAACAUUGUAGAGUGAAUUAUUGUAUUCAACAGAGUGAUAAAACUGUAACUAAACUCUCGCUACGCCGGAAUGAACAUGUACCUUAUGUUUCGGAAUGCUGAUUUUAUGAGUAUAUAAAAUAAUUUGGAGUAUAUAAAAUAAUUUGAUGCGGAUCUACGUACCAUGUAUACAUACCACGCAUAUCUACAUCACGAUAAUUGCAAGAGUUGUCGACUCAUAAUCAGAAGUUACAUUGCAUAAACAGGCUAUGAUUGUGUGCAAAGAAUUCAGGGAAUGAAAAACAUUGCAAACGUACACUUUAUAAGCAUUAUAGGAUAAAGGAAAACGUGUUUUCUUCUAAAGGAGAAUGCGAGAUCAAGUAUUAGAUUACGAAUCUUCCUACCUUAUUUAUGGAGGCGGGACAAGUUUUGUUGUGAACGUUUUUCUUUUCCGUUUCGUCAGCCCGUUUGUGUCGAGACGUAUCACCAAAACAUACGAAAACUUGCCGAAGUAUGAACAACAAGAAUGGAACGACAGGUUUAUAUCUAAUAUAAAUGCUGUGAUAUCCAUCAUCAUGUCUGGUUACAGUCUACUAUUUGAAUUCAAGGCGAGAGAGGACAUGGUUUGGGACGAUAGACCAAUAGCAAGGACAGCAUGUGCAAUCAUUGUAGGCUAUAUGCUGGCAGAUGUUUUCUGCAUGUUGAUAUGGUGUAACACGUCAAAAGGAGAAUUGUUCGGCUUCAUAUUGCACCAUGCCGCCACAGUGUAUGCCUACUUCUUCGUUGUGGUUUAUGGAAUCUUGUGUUAUUUUGCAAUGAUUCGACUCAUUGCGGAAGCGUCGACUGUCCCAGUUAACCAAAGAUGGUAUUUUGACGCAAUAGGCUACCCGAGGACACGAGUAAUAGUGAUUGUGAAUGGUUUUCUCAUGUUGAUAUGUUUCUUUAUGUUCCGUAUGGUAACCAUGCCAAUAUUCUGGUAUCAGAUUUGGAUGGUAACAGGAACGGAAGCUGCGCUGAAGCUCGGUAACAUUCAGCAUAUUAUGUAUAUACCCGGUUUCUGUAUGGACAGCCUUAAUCUUUACUGGUUCUUUAAAAUGUGCAAGGGUUUUGUAAAAGCACUGAGAGGGAUAUUGAACACGGAUAACUCUACCAGGGAAGAGAAAGUAAAGUCAACCUGACGUAAAAUACAAGACAGUGUUCAACUACAUGUACCUUAAAUUUGAUAACGCAUUGUGCAAUUUUACCUAAUGAUCGAAAUUUAUAAUGUAGAUUCAACUCGAGAUUUAGAAAAUAUUUGAUAUCAGAAAAAGGUAAAACAAGUUAUUCCAUACAUUUUAGUUUUAUUUGCAACCCGAUUCAUCAGUUUCAGCAUACAAACGUAUGAAAACGUGCCUUAUUGCCGACUUACAUACAUUUUGAAUUUUCUUGAUCUUAAAAAGGGAUCUUGGACGAAAACCUUGAAACGUUUUGUAGCAGACGUCUGACGUUCUGACAAACAAAUCAUGCGGACACAUAUACUCGCCUGCCAUUUGUUUUACUAGUAUAAAACCGUUACACAAAUAUCUGCUGUGGCUCUGUGGGAUUAGAGAAUGCAAUCGAGUAAAAUAACUGAGUUAGUAUGGAAUCCCGGUGCGACAUACUUUUUGCUGUUUGCUUUUUGCGUUUUGCUAUUUGCGUUUUGCUUUUUGCACUGGGAUUCCAUAUGCAGUUAUGUACAUGUUACAAAAUACUACACCAAAACGCAAAAAGCAACACGCAAAAAGCAAAAACGAUGAAGCAAAACACAAAACAAAAACAGCAAAAAGCAAGAAUCAAGACGCAAAAAUACCAAAAAAAUCAAAACUUUAAAAGAAUGAAACAUAUUAUAUUGGGAUUUCGUAAAAUGCAGCCGAUCUCACUGCUAUUGAAAUUCAAAAUAAUUAUAUAUUUUUAAAGACGCUUUACGUUGAUGUCUUGUGUUGUUAUACUUUCUUGUCCUUUUGGAUCAUGGAGUCCAUUCAAUAUGUGUUAUAGAGUUCCGCUUAAGACGGUGCUAGGGGUCGCGAAAGGUGUUGCACAUUUCAUUACAUAUCAACCGAGUUUUCUGUUAUUAUUUUUGAUUGCAUUCUUUGCUUCCAAAUGAUCUUUUUACAGAGUUUAUUAUUUAUAGCGUUAGGCAUAUAUUUUUAAAAAAGCAAACUAUCAAAAGACAAGUAGCAAAACGCAAGAAGCAAAACAUAAAUGCAAAAAUCAAAACGCAGAAAGCAAAUAGCAAACAGCAAAAAGCAUGUCACACCGGGAUUCCAUAGAGUUCGUGAAAAGUGCAACACUCCCAGCACCUAUUGACUAGAAGACCAAGUUGGUCAAAUUCCCACAUUGCUUAUAAUUAAGGAUGUAGGAUCAUUUUUUGAAGAACAUUAGUUUCUAAGACAGAUAAGGGCAGAAAAAGCACAGGUCAUCGCACUCGUUUUUUUUUAUUUUAUAGGGCAUUUUCUUCGCCCACUGUUUAAGCAUUUCUGAAAUUAAGUAAAAAUUUUAUAAAAAAUAUAAUAUCCUGCUUAAUGUUAAAGGGAUUUCGGGUAUCACAGGUUACUAUGAGUACAGGGUGAUAUCAGUAUUAUAUAAGCAUAAAUGUCACUAAUAAAUCUGUUUCAUUUUUA